CCGCAUUGGGAACUCGGUAAGCGAUCCUCGACUGACAGCACGAUGAGCUGAGAGAGUCCGGCUUACAAUCGCCAUGCUCCGGUUCCUCCCCAACGCGCGUCACCUCCUCCAUGUGGCAGGCCCAUUACAGCGCUGCAACGGCCCGCUCAUAAUAGCCCCGUUCACGACCACUGCCCCGGCCAGUCUGAAACAGCUUCCCCCUCGACCAAAACCGCCGCCCGAAUCCGAAAUCGAAGAGUCCUUCCUCAAGGGAAGCGGACCAGGCGGGCAGAAGAUUAACAAAACCAACUCAGCAGUCCAACUCCGCCACAUCCCCACCGGCAUCGUAGUCAAAUCGCAAGCGACACGCUCCCGCUCUCAAAACCGCAAGAUCGCGCGCGAGCUGCUGGCGGCUAGGCUCGACGAACUGACCAACGGGACCCAGUCGCGCACGGCCAUCGUGGCUGAGGUGAAGAAGAAGCGGGCAGCCAGCAAAGCCAAGAAGAGCCGGCGCAAGUACAGGAAGCUGGCAGAAGAGCAAGAAAAGGAAGGGGAGGAGGAAGAGGAGGGAGGAGAAGACGAGGAUGAGCUGGAAGAGGGGAGCAGAUCCGAUGAGGUAGAGGAAAAGACAAAAAUCACAGGAAGCAUUAAUACCACUGGCACACAAGUGAUAUCCCAGGGGACGGGAUGAGGUAGGGUUGGCAAGAAACAAUAUUAACAAAUACCCGGUUGUCGAGCCGAAU